UAGAUUGUAAUUAUUCAAAUAUUAUUAUAUUUAUUUGUCAAUCAUUUAAAAAUGUAUCUGCACGAUCGUUUUAUAUAAUUAAAAAUCAAUAUAAAGUCAAAUAUAAGUUUCCUCAAAUUAGAAAUUGAAAUUAAAUAAUAAUAAUUAAAUGAAACUGUUACAAAAUUGUUAAACUUUAGAAAUUUGACUUGUCCGAUUAUGUUUAAUUUUAAUUGUUUCAAUAAACCUGAACUCCUUGGGAGCAGACGCUGCGGUCCAAAGAGACAGUGUCGGCGGCAGUACUUCUCGUCCCGGUCGCAGGAUGAUCAUUCUCAUCCCACUUCAGGUUCUCGACUGUCCGAAAAGAGAAAACGCACGUUGUCCGUUACAAGGAGGCUCGUAAUGAGCGUCUCUCUACUUCGAUAUACCGCUCGACUGAUCCGAUUCUUCGUUCCGCCAAUCCAUCCUCGCGUCCUCGAAGGGUGGUAAGACGCGGACAGAUCCCUGAUAUUUGUCAAUGAGACCCGCAUCCCUCGGCCGCUGCCGUCUGUCAAGGAAAAAUGUGCAGCGAGCGCACUUUGUUUCGAGGACCGGAUCGAAUCUAAUUUAUAUCGUUUCCGGAAAUCCGAUGUCUGAUUAAAAGAGACGUUCCGUCGUGCUGGAAUAAGAUAAGGAAUAAUACAAAAUAACAGUAGAUGUACAAGAAACACAAUAUAAUAAUACAAUAACAUAAUAAUAUAUACAUAAAAACCAAAACUAAUACGAAUUAAAAUUGUAUAAAAUUAUUUUCUGUUUAAAGGGACACAAUGGGGAUUUUUAGUCAUGGGGAAUCUAAUAGUAUUAACGAUGGAAAAAUAUUUUUUCGCACACAGAACUCUUCGAAAAAAACUAGCAUUUCACCCAUGCAUACGGAGAAUCGGCUUUUUCGAAAGUUAUUAAUUUUUUGUUGAAUAACCAAUAUUGGAAUCAACUGCAACUCUUCGGAAGGCUCUUUAAUAUGUUGAAAACUGUAGAAAAAAUAUUUUUUUAAUAUAAAUAUUAUUUUAAUAGUAUGAAUCAAGGUACUCCAUGUUAUUAAUAUAGAUACUCAAUACUAUUUUUUAAUAAUAGACUUCAAUGAUAUUGUAACACACUUUAAUUUAUCGAUUUUCAAUUCUUUACGUUUUUGUUAUAAUAUGGGUAAAAUUUCAAAAAUUUAUCUGUUAUUUAUAUUACAUAUGUUUACAUGAUUUGAUUAUUUACUUUAUGUUAUUUCAUAACACAGGGGAGAAUACAAUGAUUAAAAGGUUGAAACUUACAUCGAAAUAUGAUAUAUCAUUAAAAGGAAACAUUCUCAAUAAGUAUCAUUGUAUCAUUUAAAGUUAUAAAUAUAAUAUUAACAACCAGUCAAAUUAACUCUUUGAGCUCAAUUUAGAUUACUUAUUGUCCAUUAAAUUGCUCGUUAAUUCAAUUUAUGGUAAUACAUAUUAGGUAAUACAUCAUGCAAUGACUUAUGUUUCAAAUCCGAUGAAUAUGCGGCGUGCAGUUUGCAUAGAUUGGAAAUUACAAUAAAUAUUAUUCAGCAUUAAUUGUUAGGUCCGCCGAGAUCAACAUAUGCCUUUUCACAUUUAUUUUUAAACAUAGAAAAUUAUACGUUAUAUUAAAAUACAUAAUAAAGUAAAAGUAUAUAUUAAAACUUAAUAAAUGUAAUAUUAUAUAAACAUUAAUUAUUAACUAUUAUUUUGUUUAUAACAGUAUGUAAUAAAUUAUUAAGUUAUGCUAGCAAAAUUCAAACAUUUGAAUAAAUUUACUUUAAAUGUUUCGUAUUCCAUCAAUUCUAUUUCGUGAGAAAUUGUCGACAAUGUUUGACAACACUUUCCAACGAGCUGUGUUUUCAUCUCUUGUAGGAUAUCUAAAAUAAAGGUUGUUUGACAAAAGUGACAUUUUGUACCAACGUGAGAUUUGUUUUCAAAAUAACUGUUAGUUUGCGGUGAUCUCUGAGAAGGAUAAGAUCGCAAUUACGAGAGCUGCAUGUUUAAAAUUCAAGAUAAACUAAAUUACACUAAAAUAGCAAUAUUCGGUGAACAACAAGGAUACAUGAGACCACGGGUGAUGUUUUCAAACGCGUGCAGACAUGGAAGCAUGAACUGAUCGCGGUACUUUUACUAAUAACGAUCUAUCUAUCUUUUAUAAAGUAGAAACGUUCCCACAAAUUCCUGUAACAAGAAUUGAUGCAACAUGAUUCUGGACAACGUAUGCAGCAUCUUAAUAUUCAUCAACAUCGCAAUUACAUUUACCAGUGGCAAGUCGCAGAAUGAAUCCAGCAUUCCAAUCGACUAUGGCUUACCAAUGGUCCUACCGAUACAUUAUCAAUUAAACUUUAGUAUAACAACGAAUUUUAGUAAGGAAAAUGUGUUAACAAAUGAAUAUAACUACAUUUCCUGUUACGGAGAAACUAGUGUAACAAUCCAUGUCCGUCAUUUGGCACAAUAUAUAAGAAUACAUUCAGAGAUACCUAUAGAUUAUCAAAAGGUAAAAUUGAUUACAAGUAACGGUGUAGUUUAUCGAGCGAUCGAUGUGGCAAACCGUGCCUCUGAAAGAGAAUUUCAAUUUCUCAAUGUAUUUCCUGGUAUUUACACCUUGAAGCUUAAAUCCGACAAUAUAAUGACAGAUGACUUCAUCAUAAGAUCCCAUGUCGAUAAUGGAAAUAAGCUAUGGUUGAUUGCAACACACGUCGGAGUAACUGGACCCCCACGGAUCUUUCCCUGUUGGGAUGACCCGCAGUUGAAGGCCACCUUUACCAUUUCCAUAAAGAAUCACGUUAAUUUUACGGCUAUAUCCAACAUGCCAGCGGAAAGGAGAUACAUAGAUCAUGUAGAAAAUUCCAUGUUGACACGGUUCAAUGUUAUUCCUCCAAUAUCCAUUUAUCAAGUUGCUAUUGUUGUGACCAAUUUUGAAGAAGUUAACGUACCUCUCACUGUGCUGCACAGAUUAUAUCUCACAGAAUAUAUCUCUCUAUGGUGCACAAAUCGUUCAAUAGAGUCUUUGAAAUUUGCAAGUUAUUUAAUUGGAAGUGUUACCUCGCAUUUGCAAACUGAAUUUAAUAGAAUAACUAUUCCAAAAAUGGAUCACAUUGUAAUUCCAAACUUUCCACACGACGGUAUAUCGAAAUGGGGACUCAUUUUUCAUAGGGAAUCAGAUGUAAUUUAUAAUGAGGAAUUAGAUCCUGUUAUGCAUAAAAUAAAAGUGGCACGUUUAAUAGCACCAAAAAUAGCAUAUCAAUGGUUUGGUAACGUAAUCAGUGCAUCUUGGUUGUAUGAUUUUUGGUUAUAUGACGGUCUUGCUACUUUAUUUGGAGAAGAAGCUAUCGUCAAGUCCUUCAAUAAUUCCGAAACAAUGGAUUUUUUUAUAGUUCAGAAUCAAUAUGAAGCUCUCCAUUUUGAUUUUUAUACUAACAUGACUCAUUUCUUUAUGAAUCCUUCAGAAGUUAACAGUCUCUCGGAAAUUGAGUCACCUUUCAGUUGUCCACGUUUCAUUAAGGUACCUAUUGUUUUACGGAUGCUUCGAGAUCUAAUAAGUGAUCGUGUGUUUCGAGAAGGUGUUCACGCAUAUCUAUACAAGCACAAGUUCAGUUUAGUGCUUCCUAAUGCGUUCUGGUCUAUGCAAAAAAGCAUGGCUAAAGUGUAUGAGUAUCAUGUACCAGAUGAGUUCCCAAAUUGGCUAUUGUACAAGCACUAUCCUAUCUUGAGAUGGACACAAGACAAUUAUUCUUUUGGAAAAUUAACGCAAAGAUUCGUAGACAGUUAUGCUAAAUGGUCUUAUGGUAAAUGGUGGAUUCGUAUAAUUUUAAUUUCAGGAUAUCAUCUAGAUGGUAUUGAUUCUGAUAAUCAUACAGAAUGGCUUUCACCAGAAUCACCGAAUUUAUUUUUGACACACACAUAUGCUGACGAGGGUUGGAUAAUGGUUGACAUUAAACAAGCUGGAUACUUCCGAGUCAAUUAUGAGCCAAAGAACUUGCACGAACUUGCACUUUUCUUGAAUUCGUCAAAAUAUAAAGAUAUAAGCGUCAUUAAUCGUGCUAAAGUCAUAGACGACGUAUUUCACCUAGUGAUUGAAAGCAAGCUGAAAGCAUCUGUGUUCUGGGAACUCACUGAAUACUUAUCACGAGAGACAGAUUAUGCAGCAUGGUAUCCCAUGUUCAAAGCACUUGAAUAUAUGUCAAAUAUGUUUCCCUUUUCAAAAUACGAAAGCUUCAUUGCUGAUAUCCAGGAAAAAUUGAGAUUAUUGUUGGAUGAGCCUCUGAAGAAAUUAGGAUACGAAGAACGAGCAUGGAGGUUACCGGAAGACGAUCCUACUAAAUGUUUAAGACCGAGGUUACCGGAUGACGAUUUUACUAAAUGUUUAAGACAGGAGAUCGUAAAAUGGGCGUGCAUAUUAGAACACUCUGACUGCAUAACAAUGGCCAAUCAUAUAUUGCAUCUUGUCGCGGAUAAUAAAUACAAUUUUCUAGCAAUUUGGAAAGCAUGGAUAUACUGCAAAGGUUUAAUAAAAACUGAUAAUGAUUUGUUUACCAAUUUAAAGAAUACAUGGUUAGCAAAACCUGACUGCAACCUUUUGCCAUACUUACCUUGUUCUCAUCUUCAUGAUUCUUUGGAACACGUGUUAGACGAAUUAUCGGAGCGACUCAGAAAUGACACACGAGAUACUGCAAUUAAUCGAUGUUACGCAAACACAUUUCUUUCUAUCCUUGCGAAGAAUGCUAACAGCUACUGUAUGGAUACUAGUAUAUUAUCAUUUGUGGAGUCAUUAAAAUUACCUAAAAGUAUCAGCACAAAUGUAGCCUUAACUGUUAUCAUUAAUCAUAUAUAUUCUCAAAGUACCAUUGAAAAGAUUAUCCAUGAUCUGGAUCAAAGACUGGGAAAUAAAGAUUAUAUUAAUAUUAUUAUUAGCAAGGCAAAAGCGCGUUCUUUCCAAAUUAAAAAUCAAAUAAGCUACUUCGAAUUAUUUUUAACUUAAUGAAUUUAAUUAUUAACGGUCAUCUUUAUUCAUAUAGUUUCUACUUUGAGCUCAGUAUGCUCAGUUUAAAAUACUUAUUAUCUAUUUAAUUACUCGUCAAUUUAAUUUAUGAUAUUAAGUAUUCCAGCUUUAUAUGUACAAUAACUAUGUUUCAAAACUGAUGAAUAUACGGCGCGCAAUUUGCAUAGAUCGGAAGUUUAAAAAAUUAUUAUUUAGCACUAUGACCCGCUGAGGCAAAAUUAAGUCUUUUCAUAUUUAUGUUUAAAUAUUUAAAAUUAUGGAAUAUAUUAAAGUACAUUGUGAGCGAUAAGCUAUAUUAAAACUUGUUUAAAAUUUUUUAUUAUCUCGAGUCAUUGUCAUUAAAAAUAAAUAAUUUUGUAUUAUAUUAUUAAUGUCACACAUUAAAUUUUUAAAACUUA